AAUCUUAAGUAAAUAGAGACAAGUGGUUUGACGAAGUUGGCUCCCCUGUUUGUUAGAGCUAACUAAUCGAACCUGGUGUUGCAAAGUUGCUGAAAAUAUUCCACACAACUCCAAGUUCAACCAACGUUCGGCUCGACUCACUAAAUUUUGUUUUAUUGUUGUUAGAUUGUCGCAGGAUUUCACAUACACAGAGAAGUGCUCGCUGACGUCGGUUGGUAGAUUUAACUUGAUUCUCAUGUUCUCACUGACAAAGGUCUGUUCCUUGGUCGCUAAUGUUUUGCACUCAACUCUUUCACACAUCACGCCAUACGAUGCGCACAUGCAAAAGCGAAAACAUUUAAUUUUCAUUUCAUCAUAAAUAUGCGAAAUUUUUGUGACUGUCAGCAAAAUAAGAUGGCUGCUAUUAGUGUAAAGUGAAACUAAUGAACAAACAAUGCCUUUUUUACAUGCAGUGGCUGUAUUGUCAUACUAGUUACCCAAAACAUCUCAAACGGAAUGGAUCUUGUUGAUAAAAAUGUCAAUCCAAGAUCGUAUAGCUCUUAUUUACUACAACUAUGGAUUAUUUUGUGCUAGUCAUUCUUACUCAAUUAUUGGCUCAGUUUUAUUUAUUGUGAUAAUAGCAUGUUAUCCAUUGACCAAAGUGCCUCUUCCUGGAAAUGCUCCACUAGAAUAUACUAUCCCAAUUCAAAACUUCCUGGAACAGAGGCAAAUGACCUCUCAUGGAAAAGAUUAUAGUUUACAUGGAAAAGAUCUAAAAGUACCACCACGAUGGUAUACUGGUUCACCCUUUGGCUAUAUACAACAAAUUCUUUUUAAAGGAACUGUAAAACCUUGGUUCCCAAAGAAAAUGAUACCAAGUGAUGCUUUUCGAGGACCCCUAAGUAAAGUGUUCGAUGUCGUAGAAGAGUUAAAUUUAUUCAAAUACUCUAACAAUGGCACAGAUUUUAGUUUGCCUGAUCUUUGUCUUCAUAUUUCUGAACCCGUUACUUCAAAGUCAUUAUAUCAAUAUUUGCCAUCUUUCUCUUGCCUAAUUCUUUCUCCUGCCAAUUUGUGGAAUUCAGAUAGUAACCAGUUUAAAUCUGAUGACAAGUUUAUAAAAACUGUUACACAAAAGUUUGGCCAACCAUUAGACACUCCUCCGACUAUUCAAGAUAUACUCUUUGGAGUUCCUUGGAAAGAAACUGGUGUAAAAAGGUUUUAUAUCCGCAACCGACAGAGGAUAAUAUCUUUUGCUGUUACCAUCAUCUUCAAAUCAUACAAUCAAAAGUUCCAUGAAAGUUUAAGACAUACGUUGGAAAAAACUUUACCUGGGCGUAUCCAUAAUGCCAAUAAUUCAGCCAUUAAUCAUAUUGUCCAUAUUUAUUUCAAAGAUAUCAACUAUUUUGUUGAGUACACUCCACUAAUGGUUACCUACUUGGUACUUCUUUUAUAUAUAUACUUUUCUGUCCGAAAAAUCGAAAUGGUGAAAUCAAAAUGGGGUCUCGCUCUAAGUGCUGUUGCUACAGUAAUUGCAUCCUUGUUAAUGUCUGUUAGUAUUUGUACAAUGUUUGGAUUGACAACAACGCUAAAUGGAGGUGAAAUCUUCCCAUACCUUGUUGUCAUUAUUGGAUUGGAAAAUGUUCUUAUUCUCACUAAAUCUGUUGUGUCAACUCCAGUUCAUUUAGAGGUUAAGUACAGAGUUGCUCAAGGUCUCAGUAAAGAGGGUUGGUCAAUUACUAAAAAUCUUACUACAGAAUUGCUUAUCAUUCUUGUGGGAUUCUUCACAUUUGUUCCAGCCAUUCAAGAGUUUUGUCUGUUUGCUGUCGUUGGUUUGUUGACCGACUUUUUCCUGCAAAUGGUGUUUUUUGCUACGGUUUUAUCUGUGGACAUCAGGAGGAUGGAGUUGUCUGAUCUUCAGAAACAAAACAUCCAUUCAAGUAUCAGUGGUAACGAAGGUUCAAGUAACACGUACCCACCCAGGGAAUCUUCAUUCCACUCUCCUGUAAUGUUUCUACAGGACACUCGGUCAAUGCCAAAACAGCAGAAGGAAAAGCAAGUCAAUGUUCCAAACAAUGAUCCGUCCCCAUCAUUUGCUCAGAUGAGAGAUGAGUUCUUUAACAGUCCAACAAUUCUGGAGCUGCCAAGGCGCCUACAGAUCUUGUUUUUCUUAGCUCGAACUAGAAUAGUUCAACGAGUUAUAAUGAUGGGAACAGUCAUUUGGAUUAUCUUGAUUCUCUACAAAGCAGGUCUAAUUGGUUACUCUUUGGUGGAUUCCAUUAUAGCUCUAGUAUAUGGUGGACUCUUUAAAAACUCUUCCUCGCACCAGAAUGAAGAGCGCUUAAUGGGAAAAUAUGAUGAUGAUGCUGGCUCAGUAGAACAUAAAGAUUUGGAAAUGUGGCGUAAAUUAUCUUACAAACAUUUUCCAACUCUGUUUGGAUAUUAUAACAUCAGUAUUUAUGGAAGAUUUGUCAGUAUCCUGCCAACAAUUCACCUUUCGGCUAUUAUAACCCCUGAAGAAGCUAUCCAAUCUCGUCAUCCAAAUGAUAUAGAAAUGCUGAAGAAACAACAGAAUGCUGUUGAAAGUGGUUGGGAAGAGUAUUUGCCUGGAAUGAAAAGUGGAGACACUGAAGGCAGUAAUUCUCAAUAUUUUUCUGAAAGAGAGUUCUUCAUAACUGUCUGUUUGGUACUACUGAGUUUCAUCUUAAUCUUUUAUUUUAUCAUCACACGCUGUUCUGGCAGAUUCUCAAAAUGGAGACAAACCUGGUGUAAAUUUCGUCAGCGAAAGCAGAAAGUAGUUGAACAAACAAAUAAUUAUAUUCAACAAAUCCAUGAAUCAAUGCCACUUGUUUUAAAGGGUCAUAGUCAGGAAAUAGAGUGUGUGAAAACUGAUGGACAGUUAAUAGUCAGUGCUUGUCUUGGUGGAACAUUGAUGGUGUGGGAUUCAUUUACAGGAGAAUGCUUGACUAGAAUACUUCGUCAUAAUUUAUCAGUUCGAAAUGAACAUCAUAUGAACAAGAACAACACAGAUGCAACCUCUGCAUUUGCUGAACAGGAAAACAGCAACACAGAUUCUAUUAACAGGCUAUCGUCUGUUAACACAAACAUUUUAUCAUCUUCCUUCAAGUCAGAGAGAAACAGUCAAUCAUUCCUUAAUGAAUUACCAGAUUUAUCAAGCACUAUUGAUAGUGACUUCACAAGUUCUAUCUCUAGCACUUAUUCUUCACCAUUUGGAACUCCUGACAACUCUGUUAACAACUUAACAGGAUUUGAUUUUGGUGCUCACUUCAAUGAAGUUUAUAAAGAUCAUAUAUCAACUGUGAAAGAAGAUCGUGGUUGUCAAAAUAGAAGAAAUCAUUUGGAAAUUGAUAAUUUCGAUUUAUUUACUUUUGAUGACCUUGACAGUAGAAGUUCUACAAGCACAGGUAGUUGUUUUUUGGGUUAUUCUUUGUUGUUGUCAUGUGUUUAUUCUUUUUUUUAUUCACUCCUUUCCCCUCUACUACAAUAUUUUAAUAUUUUUUUCAUUUAUUGUUAUUGCUUGCUUGUCUUCUAUUAUAGGCUUGUUGCUUCCAGAUUAGAUGGUAGUAUGGAUUUUUUGGAACUAGAAACUUUUCAGAAUCUUGGAAACAUAUCUUCUAACUCAACACCUGGACUUCAUACACGCGGUCCCGUACGCCAUCCGUCCAGUUCAGCUUCAAAUAAAAACAGUACAGGCACAGUUGGAUGUUGGGAAGAAUCAGUCUCCUGUGCUUUAUUGCAGCGUAUUCAAGCCCACCAAAAGCCAAUUACAGCCUUACAAUCAGAAGCUGGACGUGUAGUGUCUGCCAGUGAUGAUCGCACACUCAAGGUAUUCUGUCUAGAGGACUGCAUAUGUAUGUAUACAUUAUAUGGUCAUCAUGGUAGUAUUACAGCUCUUUACUUAGAUAGGGGACCUCCAUUUUCUGCUGCAAGUGCUUCCACUGAUGGUACGGUUCGGUUAUGGGACUUGCUGACUGGUUUCUGUAUCCAUAAACUGUGUUCUUAUGAACAACCUAUCACUGCUUUGACAUGUUCCCUUCAGUAUGUGAUCAGCCAAGAUCAGGAUUACCAUCUCUGUGUAUGGGACCGCAUUAGAGGUCAACUCUUGUAUAACUUACAACUGGAGCCUGGUUUAUAUAGUCAACAAAUGGCAUUACUCACUGAUAAACUUCUACUGCUUGGAGGACAGGGUGUUUUGUAUUUAUGGGACAUUUUUCAAGGUCAGCUGAAAAAGCAAAUAAAAGUCAGCCAUACUGAUCAAGCAGCUUUUAUUCGUUUUGUCCAAGUCAUUGACCACAGUGUUGUAUGUGAUUAUGGCAAUGAACUUCGUGUUAUCAACUUUCCUACAAUUCUUGAAAAAAAUGACUGAUCACUGUCUAACUUAAUUUUGGAAACAGAGUGACUUUUUGCCUAGCAACAAAUUACAGACAGAAAAUUGUCGGUUAUCAUUUUAUCAUGUAUCAAAACAUUUGUUGGCUCAUUCAUUUUUUUACAAGACAUUAAAAUGCUUUAAAUUUUUUGAAGAUAAAAUAAAAAUAAUUUUCUAUUUUUUUGUCAAAUAUUUCUCACUAUAGUGACUAUUUAAAGAAAAAAAAAUCAAUAAAGAUUUAAAAAAUUAAA